AUGAAGAGGUCCUUGCCAUCUAAUGCGCAAGUAGAGAUUUCAUCAGACGAUUCUUCUUCUUCUUCUUCCUCUGAUGCAGACACCGGUGUCUUUAGGAGCCAGCAGCUCAGUGACGAGCCUCCUGAAUUAUCUCCAGAAGCAUGGCUGUUGAGAAGAGCAGAAAGCUACCAAGAGUACAUGAAGCUGAUCCCGAUCCCGACUGAGCGAGGAACGGUGAUACCCUUCACCUCAUGGACUGGCCUAGGCAGCUCGAUCAAGCAAAUUUACGGGCAGCCGUUGCACUACCUGACCAAUCUUCACUUGAGCCGUAUGGACCAUGAGAGGCUUGGUGCUGAGGAUGCAGGUGUCCCUUUGUACAUGACCAUUCACCCGUGCAAGGCCGAGGCUAGCAUCUGGAUCAUCGAGGAGGCCCACCGGCUGACAUCAUCGCCACAUCAUUUGGUCAGACUGUGGGAGGCAGAUACAUACUAUCAUGCAUACAUUGACGACAUUUUUCCCAAGCUGAAGGCUUGA